AAUUUAACUGCGCAAAAAGUCUUGUGUGGUGACGGAUGUUCCAAAGUUCAGAACUUUUUUUUUCUCCAAAUAGUCCCAAGGAUGGGGACGGCUUGAAGACAAUUCGCUUUUGUUUUUGUUAGUAUUUUACAGAAAAGCAGCAAGGAGCUGGGAUUUGACUCAUCACCAGAGGGAGAAGUGCAGCUGACUCCUUGCAGACUCUGGAUCAAAGUGAAGACAUGCAGGCUCGCUACUCUGUCUCCAGCCCCAACUCUCUGGGCGUCGUGCCGUACAUCAGCAGCGACCCCAGCUACUAUAGGGCCGCUGCCGGUGGGAGCUAUACGGGAAUGGCAGCGCCCAUGAACAUGUACUCUCAUGCGGCUCACGAUCAGUACCCCGCCAGCAUGGCCCGGGCAUACGGACCAUACACCCCGCAGCCUCAGCCCAAGGAUAUGGUAAAACCCCCAUACAGUUACAUUGCGCUCAUCACCAUGGCGAUCCAAAACUCGCCCGACAAAAAGGUGACCCUGAAUGGGAUUUACCAGUUCAUCAUGGAGAGGUUUCCAUUCUACAGAGACAAUAAGCAGGGAUGGCAGAAUAGCAUCAGGCACAAUCUCUCUCUGAAUGAGUGUUUUGUCAAGGUGCCCCGUGAUGAUAAGAAGCCCGGCAAAGGCAGCUACUGGACCUUAGAUCCGGACUCUUACAACAUGUUCGAGAACGGGAGCUUCCUGAGAAGGCGGCGGCGCUUCAAGAAGAAGGACGCGCUGAAGGAGAAGGAGGAGCGGCUGCAGAAGGACCUGCCGCCGAGGCAGCAGGGCCGGGAGCAGGAGCAGGGCUCCCAGCCCGUCAGGAUCCAGGAUAUUAAAACGGAGAACGGGUCCGUCACCCCGCCGCAAGCCGAUUCGCCCUCUUUGAACACGGUGCCCAAAAUCGAGAGCCCAGACAGCAGCAGCAGCGCGUCUAGCGGGAGCCCCCACAGCAUCCCAUCCAACAGGUCCAUCGGGAUGGACAGCUCCGAGCACCAGCACCACGGUCAGGCUCCUACGCAGGGUUUUAGUGUGGACAACAUCAUGACCUCCCUCCGGGGGUCUCCGCAAGGGGUCAAUGAGCUCCCCUCCACUCUGGCCGCCACUAGGACAGCAGGUAUAACGCCAUCUUUGUCCCUAAACUAUUCUCCAAGUCAAACAUCUGUCUAUAGCUCGCCUUGUAACCAGAACUCCAUCUCCACUACCUCCAACGCUACCUAUCAUUGUAACAUGAGCCUUUAUGCCGGGGACAGAUCCAGCCACUUGGCACCGAGCACCGUGGAUGAAACAUUGCCAGAUUACUCGGUCACGACCACCUCGUCCUCUCUGACGCACGCUAACCUGAACUCCGGGCAGGAGGGCCCCCAUACCCACCAAGGGAGGCUAGCCUCAUGGUACCUGAACCAGGCCGGGGAACUGGGCCAUCUUGGCGCAACUUACCCUGCGCAACAGCAGAACUUCCACUCUGUCCGCGAGAUGUUCGAGUCACAGAGGAUUGGCUUGAAUAAUUCACCGGUGAAUGGGAAUAACAGCUGUCAGAUGUCAUUCCCACCGAGUCAGUCCAUCUAUCGCACGCCGGGAGCUUUUGUGUAUGACUGCAGCAAAUUCUGACCAAAAUCCAAAGAGAAAAGAAAAAAGAUGGAAGGGAAAGAUCAGUAUUCUGUUUAACCACAUCGUGUUUGAACUUUGACAUUAAAACUCAUCCUUUUACCUCUGUUUUUCCUGCCCAGUGGCAGGGUGGACUAAUGUGAGACAAAAACACAGAAAAAAGACUUGAUUUUGUUUUUUUUUGUUUUUGUUUUUUUCCUAAAGAACAGUGUUACUGCAAAUAACACGUAAGUUUCUCUUUUUUUUGUCAUAUGUUAAAGAUGUGUCUUGGACGUGUACAAUUGCAUAUAAAGUAAUUUAUUUUUAAAACUGUCACCAAAUAUCAUGGACCAAACACCCAAAAA